AUGGCCGACGGACUCAACCAAGCACGCGCUCUGAGGGUAGCCGAACUCAUGAACGAUUACCGCACUCUGCUGGUGCAUAUCAACCAGCUCAAUGUCUCGAUACCUCCGGCGGAUCAGGCAGAAGAAGGGUACAGGGUACUGAAGGAGUGCCUUGCUGCUGCGAAUGCCUUGAUGGCUUCGAGUUAUAGCCCUAGUCCGCCGCCGGCAAACGUUUCGAGCGAUGAGGCUGAAAAGGCUCAGUUGCGAAGGGUCAUCCUUGACGGUAGUGCCCGCCGGUUCCAGGCCCAUCGGAUCUACCUUCGAGCAGCGGCAGCCAAGCGUUGGAUCAUUCAUCGAGAUCGCAUCCUACGCGGACAGAGGCCGGGUCCCCAGCACGCCAGUCCGAUGAAAGCUGUCAGCAACACUUUGCGCCAGGAACUAGCACAAAUCUCAAACCAGCAUGUGGUUGCGGAUCUCCGAGCCGCUGACGCAAGAGCUGGUCACUGGCUUGCGGAAGAUCCAUCAUUGGAUGCGAUCCUUUCCUGGAUCCGAUCUCAUCCUUGA